AGCGUACCCAAAUUGUGUCAGUACAGAAAACUGGACACUAAAUCCAUCCAAUGUGAUGAUUGGUUAUCCUUCAGUUUUGGUGUGAAUCUACUGUUUAGGCUGAAGUUCUUACUUGUUUCACCCAAAAGUCCUUAUAUAUCACUUCACAUUGUUUGGUCUGAUGAUGGUGGAGUUAGGGCAGUAGGCGGGAAGGGCGUCCUAUAAUGGCGGGCUAGACAAACGGUCGACUGUCGACUGGACUUAAUAUUUACCAUGAUUUAGUUUAUCGAGUUUCACUCUAAAUGGAGGUUGAUGCCAGUAGUAUGGCCACCUGUGCACCUGAAGUGUUUGAUAUCGCUUCAACACUUGUUAAUGUUGAGGAAGUCACAGAAAAACAAAGCUUUGAAGUACCAGCAUCAACACCUGAUGUCGUCCCAGUUGCUGAGCCAGUUAAUCAUGAUGCAGAGCCUGGAACGAUCUCAAAGACUCCUGAAACUGUGACUUCUGAUCCCGUUGUCGUCCCUCCUGUGGUGAAUAACAAUGUUGGAAAGUAUCGUCUCUUACGUACUAUAGGAAAGGGGAAUUUCGCUAAAGUGAAACUUGCCAUUCAUAUGGCUACUGGAGUUGAAGUUGCCAUAAAAAUAAUCAACAAGACUGUCAUGGAUAAUACUCUCCUGAAACGUCUCAAGCGUGAGAUCACUAUUAUGAAGGUCACAAACCAUCCAAACAUAGUGAAACUUCUUGAAAUAAUUGAAAACGAAGAUGUACUGUGCCUUGUUAUGGAGUAUGCAAGUGGAGGUGAAAUAUUUGAUUAUUUGGUUGCAAAUGGAAAAAUGCGCGAAAAGGAGGCGCGAAUAAAAUUCCGCCAGUUAUUAUCAGCGAUGCAGUAUUGUCAUGCCAAACGAAUUGUUCAUCGAGACCUAAAGGCUGAGAACAUUCUAUUGGAUCAGAAUUUAAAUGUGAAAGUUGCUGACUUUGGUCUGGCGAACACAUUUGAAUAUGAUCAGAGGUUAACAACGUUUUGUGGUAGCCCUCCGUAUGCCGCCCCAGAAUUGUUUCUGGGCAUUCCAUAUUAUGGACCUGGUGUAGACAUUUGGUCACUCGGUGUUAUUUUGUUUACCUUAGUGCUGGGUCAUCUGCCAUUCGAUGCACGUGAUCUUCGUGAACUUCGAAGCAAAAUUUUGGGGCUGCACUAUACUAUACCUAGAGGUUCUGUUUCACCAGAAUGUGAUGCUCUUUUAAGGAAAAUGCUAGUUCUAGAUCCAAAAGACCGGUCGUCCCUAAAAUCUUUAAUGCAGGAUAAAUGGGUCAAUAUGGGCUAUGCUCCAGGUGAUCAUCUUCGUCCAUACAAAGAACCACCAAAAUCUCAACUGGAUGAUAGUCGGGUAAAAGCUAUGGAGGAAAUGGGUUUUACAAGAAAAGAUUUAGAGUCGUCAGUUGUCAACCCUGAGUUUGAUCAUGUGUAUGCAACUUAUCAUUUACUUCCUGAAACUCCAUCUCAGUUUGUCGAGCUUUGCAAAGAAGUAGAUCCUGCAUCAGCUGCACUACCUAACACUGCAGUAUUAUCUAAUGCAUUAUAUACUAACGAUCGACAGAAUAAAGGUAUCCACGAUCAAGCCGCAAGUAACACAGAAUCAACUUCUUCCACUAAAUCCACUGCGAUCGGACGUUUCACAGUAGCGCCAAGUGUCAAAACGAAUGAACAUACCUCUCAAUAUCCGCGUAGUAGUUUAACAUCAGAGUCAAAUCAAACAACUGGAAACCAGAAAAAUGCUUCUACGGCUGAUUCUGGAAAUCGAGAGCAUCAUUCAUUAACAUCCACUUUACCAGUAGCCUUAAGAAGGGCAUUCAUGCAAAUGGGUCGAACUAUUGCUGGAGGUGGAGCCGCAUCUACGAGUAAUGAAGACAGUAUUACUCGUGCUAAUGCUCAGUCCAAUACAGCACGCCAUAAUAAGCCUACACCGAAAACUGCUGCUGGUGGGAGAGGUGUCAUUACUGCAGCACCUGUCCCUAUCGGUGCUGUCAAAAAACAUGGUUUCGGUACGCCUCAACAGCAACAUUUGCACAAGCGUCUGCCAGCUAAUCAGCAUCAUCCCCCUUCAGGUCCCCUUGAUAACACAGAUGGUAGUCCGGCAAAUCACUCAGCUACACUUCGGCAUGUAGCUCCACGUGAUUCUCAAGAUUCUUUGAAGCCAGAUUCGUCUAGUCCUCGCGCUCAUCCUUCAUCCAAUACUUCCAGUAUAUCAUCUGGAAGUCAUAAGGCUUCACCUCCACAAAAAGCAAACAGAAUAGCUUCAGAAGCUGAAAAGCCCAUCUCAGAUACCUCUCAUCGUUCUGUAAACACCACUGCUCGUGAAAAUGACAAGAGUUCUGCGCAUGCGGCUACUCACAAGCGCGGUACAACGGACACCAACGGAAUGGGACCCCCAAGUUCAAGUAGUACUUCAUCUGAUUCUUACGGUGAAUGUGAGCUUCGAGAAACAGCUGCUACACUUGUUCAAGGUGUCUGGAAGUCAGUUGAUGCUUCAUCCCUCAAUCCUCGCUCUCCCCAACAAACUCCAUCGGAAUUAAAACGAAAGGUUCAAAAUGAUGGGCGUCUUAGUCAGGAUAUGUCAGAACAAUAUAAAGGACAUAUGCAGUCGGAACAAUCAGGUCUUCGAAAUGAAAAAUCUGAAAUUAGUCGCAGUCUCACCACCAUAGAUCAGGCAGAUCAAACAGUUAAUGUUACGUGGUCAGAUGAUGCAGCUAAAACCGUAAACACUCCACCCCUUACUCCACAAAUGAAAGUAUCACAUACAGUUCAGGGUACAGAAGCAGUUGCUCUGCGUCAAGAAGCUUUACGUUUGCAAUCUACGCAUUCAGCCACUAAAACACCUUCCGAUCCUCGUUCAUCUAUAAAUUACGCUGUGGAUUCUAGUCAUCAAACUACGUGGGGUCGAGGUGUCUUAAAGGCAUUAGGUGGAUUUUUUGUACAAAGGUAUGUACUUUUGUUAGUUAAAAAAAUCCAUUUACAUUUACGUAUAGCCACAAAAUCUACUAACACUUAUCACUUUAUGCUUGUUGAAAUGAAUUAGUUUUUACUGCAUUUAAACGAUGUACUAUAUUUAUGAUGUAUGGGUGGAGAGAGGUUUUCAAACGAUUAUAAAACUGUUACAAAAGAAUGUUAUUUGGCAUAUUUUGGUUUCCUUUAUGUUAAAAUUUAAAUUAAGUAAAUCAACAGAUGUACGACAAGACAGUUCAUCUACACGACCUCUAAAUAAACCUCGUGAGGUGAGGUUUCCAUGGAGUGUGUAUACCACAAGCACAAAAACAGCAGAAGAACUUCUUAAGAGCAUUAUACAUGCUCUUGAAGUCACUCCUGGUUGUCGUUAUUCCUACGACCCGCAUCUUCCUUUCCUUUUACAGUGUUCAUGGGCAGCUGAUCGACCUGCUCUAAAAACAUCAACUUCAGAAGCUGAUUCCAAAGGUUUAACAAACACUCAAUUUUCUUCACCCCUUGACAUGCCAACUCAUGGUGGACUUAUGCGUGGAGAUCCAGUUCAUUGGGAAAUGGAGGUAUGUCAAUUACCACGUGUGCAUUUGCGAGGAGUUCGACUGAAACGAAUCCGUGGUUCAACGUUGCAUUUCCGUCCAAUUGCUGAUCUUGUUAUGAAAUCAUUGCGUUUGUGAUACAUACAGUGUAUCGAAUACUGUAAAAUGGUCACUAAGUCGUGUUAGCAUUACUUUUGUAGGAGUAUAUGAUUGAUUUGUUGAAAGUAAGCCAUCAUACUACUACUACAAGCUAAUUCACUUAAUUCCUGUAAUUCAUGCAUAACUUGUGUUUUUUGUUCCUUAUUCUUACCGACUAUACAUCUAAUAUAUAAAGAUUUACCAGUUUCCUGAAUGAAUGCGUUUUGUGUUUUAGAAAAAAAGGUCAAAUAAACACAAUUUUAUUAUUAUCCAUAGCGUGCUAUGUACAGUUCUAUCCAUUUAUUUAUUUAACCAUCUACUAAUUAACUUCAUAAUAUACUUAUAUUUUUGUCUGGUAAUUUUGAUUUUGUUCUAAUAUGCAUUCAAUAUUCCAUUGAUUUGUCUUUUGACCAGUUUCUUUGUUUCUUAUGUUCACUUAUUGACUAUAAUAAUAUUACACAAUUUCAUAUAUAUAUAUAUAUAUUUGUGAUAUCUUUCAAACAUUUCACGCUAGAUGUGUACGCAUAUAUAUAUAUAUAUAUAUAUAUAUAUAUAUAUAUAUAUACCUUAUCUACUCAUAAUGUGACGACCCUUAUAAUUAAUAUCACUAACUAUAUUUUAAUUUCGCGUUGUAAUUGACAUGUUACAAUACACCACAGUGCUCUGUUUUGUAUAGUUUCAACUGUGUUUUUGUUUUUCUCUUGUGUUAAAAAGAUGGUUAUGCAAUGUCUCCCCCCCCCACACACACACACACUCUGUUUAUUUCUCCUGCAACGAUAUAUCCUCUUCCGUACCCUUUUGAACUUGAAUCUUAUCGUUAACUCUCAUUUCAAAAUCUCAUGUCUUCGCUUAUAAUAUUUUUUUGUUUGUUUAAUUCUAGUGCCAGAUAAUACUCUCUGCUUUAUCCCACCCACCCAGCCACCCCCGCUCUUAUUAUUACAGCCUUGGUCGUGUCACUAUAUUACUACUUAUUUCAUACGUAAGAUGUUUCUGUAUUUAUCUUUGAGUUUUUGUUUUUGCUUUUUUUUCUGUCACUGCUGUUAGCUGUUUCUAAAUCCAGCCUAUUACUUGGUGGUUUUGUUGUUAGUGUAGGUAUUAUAGUGUAAGUUAAGGAGAGAGAGAGAGUAUAACAGAUUAUUAUCACGCGCUAAUAGUAUUCAUUACCUUGAGGAAUUAUUUUAAAAGUAGAAAUCAAUACAGGUGUUUGGUAUUAUGCACUAAGUGUGAGUGAAUGGCAUUUUUUUUGGUAAAGAAAAACUAAUAAAAUGAGGCGUUCUUUACACGUUUGUUGCCCCAGUCUAUAUGAGGCUGUUGAAUUUUCUAACUAAACAGUCUCUUUUCUGUAAACAACAUGAAAAAUAUCGUCUAGAGAGACACAGAGAGAGAGAGAGAAACGAAGUCGCUUUUUUCGUAUUCAUAUUCUUUAUCCUGUCCACUGAAUGUUUUCUUCCUAGUCAAUAAUGCAUCAGUUGAAUCUGAUCGACUACAGAGUCAGCAAAUUCUCUUGAACACUCAUUUCUCCAUUGUACUUUCUUGCGUAAUACAAAAUGAGCGCGCAUUACUACUAAAACUGUUAAGUAAAGUAAAUUUAAAGUUGUACUCAUCUUGGAGCAUUAUUGUAUUCAGUAUUUAUAUGUCAGUGUUGUAGGACAAGGUUGACUAAUUUCACAUUCAAAGGCUGAACUUUAAUCUCAUUGUUUAAGUGAUAUAUAUAUUAACUAUUAAAAGAAAUGCUUUUGAUGUCUGUCAUAUAUUCUGUGUCCAGUAGGUGGCGGGCUCGGGAUUCCAUCCUGUUUGAUUUUGUGUAAUGGAUCGCCUUGUGUGUGUUGGUGAAAGUAAAUAUUCACCUUAUUCUCUUGGUAAUAUAUCAACUUGGACGUGUCUUUGUGAAUUUGUAGAUUCAGAUCUUGAUGUAAUGAAGGCGGUAUUAGUUUAUCGUUGUCGUUAUCAUUAAACCAUGUCUUAUAAAUUAACAACUCUUCCUACUACAAACAAGCCAAGGGGCAGUUUAAGUAUUAACGUUUAUUUGAAAUAAUCUAUGAGUUUACUUUAUCACCAGAACAGUAAUGUGGUUAUUCACCUUGUUGACUGAAAUCUAUGUGUGUAAGAUAAUAAUCAGGUGCAUAAACUCUGCAAGUUUGUUUGUUUAGUGGGAUGUCUUGUGACAUCAGGCACAGUUCUCUUACAGAUGGCAAGAUACAAUUUGCAUAUAUUGUGAUAAACAGAAUUCAUCAUCUCUCUCUCUCUCACAUUACAGGAGUUUAAUUCAUGGAAUAGGUUAGACCAAUUGGUAGACAUGGUUGUUGGCUAUUGUUAGACUUUAACAAUAUUGUCCUUAAUUAUAUAUCAUCUAAUUAACUGCUUGACUUAUCGAUUGUUUUAAUAACCCGGAUAGCAGACGUGCUUAUAUAAAUGGUAUUGUCGCCAAUUAGUGCAUGCAUGACAUUCCGUUUUUACAGAAAUUGUGUUUGAGAUAUCAUCACAUUGUUGACAGACUUAUUUGUCUGGUUCAAGUUCUAUUAAAUCUAUGAUAUGUAAAUACAAUACAUAUUAUGCUAAGCUAAAAAUAAAAAUGCUAUGAGAAUCCUGUUACUAAAAAGAUAAAUUGCAACCCAGCACUAAUGAAUCUUGAAAACAGUUUCCAAUUUUGAGCCUGUAACUGAAGUCUAGAAGUUUUCCCACGCAUGAGUUGGAAAUUCAGGCACUUAUUUUCAAUAAACAUUGGCUAAAACCAAAAGGGUCACUCAGGAAUUCGCCGGUUGAUACAAGUAGUCGAAUCUAGAAAUUCUAUAGCCUUAGCUUUAAACAUUACCUGCUGUAUUGAAUGGUAUCUAACUAUUCAUAUCAAUCGAUAGAUAGUAUAUAGCGUCACUUAUUUGUGCUGGCUUUCUGGCUUAGCAUUCAUUUAUGGCAUCAGGUAGAUCUCAUAUUGUGUUUUGAAAUUUCACCUCGAACCGGGUAAAUUGUGAUUUUGAUUAAAAAAAUUUUUUAAAAAAGGUGAUUUUUUAGGACAUUUUGAAUGUAUUUCAUGUUAUGUUUUUUUUUCAUAAAAUAAAACAUUUGUUGGCAGAAUAACACCAUUGUCUAAAUUUUGCCACU